UUCUUUCUGCAUGUCUCCUUUUACUGGUAUUAGCAAACCUCUCAUAAAGCCAUAAAGCCGUAUGGGGUGCUUUCCGACGCUGAUCCCAUCCCAACCUGAAAAAGAAAAAUACGAACCGACUGCCCUUUCUUAGUUCUUCAUCUUCCCCUUUAGAAAAUACCUAUUCCCUCCAUCGCCAUCGCGAGAAGUAAGAGGGUGAUUGAUUCAUCAAAUCCCUCUAUCGAUACUUUUAUUUAGUAUUGUUUUCUUUUCGCAGCAUUAGACUCUUGCCUGCACAUCGGGCUACCUUCGCUCUUUUUAAUUCACCCUUCUCUCGUGGGGGAACAUAGCUACCUACCUCUCCCUCGCGUGGCCCCUGGAUCGAUCUUACGUUUCUUCGUCCGCGUGUCAAAAUAAACCAACUCUCCAACGAAUUUCGCAACGAAAAAACAACCGAAUAAUUACCUACGCCUUAUUUACAGGUUUGCCGUUGAGACUAUUGAAAACGGCUGGUAUAGCCGAUAAUUAAAGAUGGCAUACAACGGUGGUCACGAUGAGUACGAUGCUCAUAGACUUCAAGACAUGCCUGCUGGCAGCACGUAUCACCUACCUCCCCAAGAUCAAGACGAAGAUGAAUCGCAACGUCAUCUCCUAGGACAAACUCCCGGUCUUCAUUACGAGCAAGAUCGGUUGGGCGCGCACACCCCUCCUGUACGACCUGUUUCGGCCUAUUCUCUUACCGAAUCAUAUGCAACCACCGCUCCCCCUCUUACCCAAUCACCAGCACCCCAAUAUGGAGGAAGCGAGUAUAUGGGUGGUUAUGGUGGACACCAGCUUGAGGAUACCGGUUUCGGAUACGGAAGACCCGCAUCUACCGUUGACAGCGACGAGAGCUGGCUUCGUCGACAGCAACCCGGCGGUGGCGCCGGUGGUCUAAAGCGUUACGCUACUCGAAAAGUCAAGCUAGUUCAGGGCUCCGUUCUCAGCGCCGAUUACCCGGUUCCCAGUGCUAUCAAGAAUGCUGUUCAAGCCAAAUAUCGCGAUGCCGAAAGUGGCAGUGGUGAGUUCUUAAACAUGCGAUACACCGCUGCUACCUGCGAUCCCAAUGAUUUCACACUGAAGAAUGGUUACGAUCUGCGACCCAGAAUGUAUAACCGACAUACUGAGCUACUGAUCGCCAUUACGUACUACAACGAAGACAAGCAACUUUUCUCUCGUACGCUUCACGGUGUUAUGCAAAAUAUUCGCGAUAUCGUCAACUUGAAGAAAUCUACCUUCUGGAACAAGGGUGGUCCCGCCUGGCAGAAGAUUGUGGUUUGCUUCGUUUUCGAUGGUAUUGACAAAGCUGACAAGGAAACCUUGGAUGUCUUGGCUACUAUUGGUGUUUUUCAAGAUGGUGUCGUGAAGAAGGAAGUUAACGGUAAAGAAACCGUAGCUCACAUUUUCGAAUACACCACCCAGCUGUCUGUUACGCCUAAUCAGCAGCUCAUCCGACCGGUAGACGAUAGUCCUCAGACUUUGCCUCCUGUCCAGAUGAUUUUCUGUUUGAAGCAGAAGAACACCAAGAAGAUCAACUCUCACCGUUGGCUAUUCAAUGCUUUUGGCCGAAUCCUGAAUCCUGAAGUGUGUAUUCUUCUUGAUGCUGGUACCAAGCCUGGCUCAAAAUCGCUUCUUGCGCUCUGGGAAGGUUUCUACAACGACAAGGACUUGGGUGGAGCUUGUGGUGAAAUUCACGCCAUGUUGGGUAAGGGCGGCAAGAAACUAAUGAAUCCUCUCGUUGCCGUCCAAAACUUCGAGUACAAGAUUUCCAAUAUUUUGGAUAAGCCUCUGGAAAGUUCUUUCGGUUAUGUGUCUGUGUUGCCUGGUGCUUUCUCCGCCUACAGAUUCCGAGCCAUCAUGGGCCGACCUCUCGAGCAAUACUUCCAUGGUGAUCACACCCUUUCCAAGAUCCUUGGACCUAAGGGUAUCGAAGGCAUGAACAUUUUCAAGAAGAACAUGUUCUUGGCCGAAGAUCGUAUUCUGUGUUUCGAACUUGUCGCAAAGGCUGGGUCUAAGUGGCAUUUGACCUAUAUCAAAGCCGCCAAGGGUGAAACCGAUGUGCCCGAAGGAGCUCCUGAAUUCAUCAGUCAGCGACGACGUUGGCUCAAUGGUUCUUUUGCUGCCUCGCUUUACUCUUUGAUGCAUUUUGGUCGUAUGUACAAGAGUGGUCACAAUAUUCUGCGCAUGUUCUUCCUACACAUUCAGCUUCUCUACAACAUCGCAAACGUCUUGUUCACCUGGUUCAGUUUGGCUUCUUACUACCUCACAACAACGGUUAUUAUGGAUCUAGUCGGAACUCCCACAGAACCUGGCCCAACGACUGCUGAACGACACGGUUGGCCCUUCGGCGACAGAGCUACCCCGAUUAUCAACAUCAUUCUCGAGUAUCUCUACAUUGCCUUCUUGAUUCUACAGUUCGUACUAGCUCUUGGUAAUCGCCCAAAGGGUUCCAAGUGGUCUUACAUUACUUCGUUCGGUCUCUUCGGUCUUAUUCAGCUCUACGUACUUAUUCUUUCUGGUUACUUGGUCGUCAAUGCGUUCCAACCGUCGAAUUUGCCUAAAGGUGAAAGCGCUGGUGAUGCUCUGAAGGAUAUGUUUACGGGUCAGUCUGAAGUUGCCAUCAUCAUUUUGGCUUUGCUUGCGACGUUUGGUCUGUACUUCAUAGCAUCCUUCAUGUACUUGGAUCCCUGGCACAUGUUCCACUCCUUCCCGGCUUAUUUGAUUCUCAUGUCGACUUACAUCAACAUUCUCAUGGUGUACGCCUUCAACAACUGGCACGAUGUCUCGUGGGGUACCAAAGGUUCAGACAAAGCAGAAGCAUUACCAGCAGCUCAGAUUGUGAAGGACGAAAAGGGUGAAGCAGCCAUCGAAGAAGUUGAUAAACCCCAAGAGGAUAUCGAUAGUCAGUUCGAGCAGACUGUCAAGCGUGCUUUGACUCCCUUCAAGCCUGAGGCCGAAGUCGAGCACAAGGAUCUUGAAGAUUCGUACAAGUCUUUCCGAACAUCCUUGGUUAUUGCGUGGCUAUUCUCCAACUGUGCCCUUAUUGUUGGUGUUACUAGUGAUAAGCUAUCCACGUUUGGUAUCGGGGGUACGACCUCCGACAGAACGGCGCAGUUCUUCAAGUUCCUGCUUAUCUGUACUGCAGCCCUUUCUCUAAUCCGUUUCAUCGGCUGCUGCUGGUUCUUGGGCCGAACUGGAAUCAUGUGCUGCUUCGCCAGACGGUGAAGUGGCAAUAUACCUAGCAGCAGGCGUAGUUGGGUUCUUAAGAAAUUUAUACCCCCUGAAACGUGUACAAAUGUGGCCUUACUAUCAUCAUCUCUCUCCAGGACCUGGCGUCGAACGAAGAACAAGCACUGUAUUUGUUGUUUCUAAAGCUGGAUAGAUGGGGGGUUUGGCGACUUGAGAGAAGAGAGCAAGGAAUAUUUUUUCUUACGGCUUUUUCUUGUUUUUGUGUGUGGUUGUGAAUUAUGCAAAUGCAAAGAGAUUUAUGGAAAGGGGAAGGGAUUCAGAAAAAGUUAUAUGCGGCGGCUGCUACUACCUACACACAAACAACAACCCUUAUUACCUAUCUACGACUAUUACGAAUUGUUGCCGCUGUAGUUGGUCCUCCGCUGUUAAAUCGUGCAGCAUUGUCUCGGGCGUUGUUUGUUGUUAAAUCGCUUUUCUCCUUUAUAUACUCCUAAUGUGCCUAAAGCUGAAUAAUCAAGGUCAGUUGUUACGAAUCUGGUUUUUAUCGAAACGUAUAUCAAGUUAGUCUUAUGAUGUUCAA